AUGUAUGUGAUAAGGGCUGCAUGUGUGGAGAAAGCCAGGCAAACUCUACAACCACCAACAGAUGUGACACUGGAGGAAUACAUGCCAGACAGAUUUGUUUGUUCUGGAGGCACCUCAGGAAAACAAGACGUCACCACUUGUCAAGGUGACUCUGGUGGAUGUCUGUUCCUGCAAAAAAGAAAAUACUAUUUUCAGGUGGGGGUAGUGAGCUGGGGCACCAUUGACGUCUGUAAAACACCCAUCAUAGGACACAGGAGAUACAGCAGUGAUAGACCGCCAGCAGACGCUCGUGACUUUCACAUCGACAUCUUCAAGAUAAUGCCAUGGCUUAAAACGCAUUUGGGUCGUGAGAUCCAGUUCCUACCAGAUGAUGACUGAGACCAAUCAGCUGACAGGGACCAUAAAGUAAAACAGAUCAGGCGCAGAAUUCAGCUGAAGUGGAUGUGUGACCUCUUUAGAUACAGAAGGUGUUCCUGUUCAAUAAACAUCACAUACAUAUCACAUGAAUCCAAAGUUUUAUUGUCAGUCUCUUGUGUUUUUUAGUA